GUUUGCAAAAGGAGAUAUUGAGGAAAAGGCAUCAGCACAGCCUCAACCCAGCAUCUGCAGACCAAAAUGAGCCCCACAGACCCAUUCAACAACACAGGAGAAGGAGGGAAUAGUGAAACAGAUGCCAUGCAAUGGUACCAGGGGAUUCUAGGUAAUGACACGGGCUUCCACAGACCUGGCUUCCACACAGACAUCACCAAGCACAUCGGGGUUCAGAUCACCCUGAUUACAGCCUACUCCCUCAUCAUCCUCCUUGGGCUGCUGGGGAACUCUCUGGUCAUCUAUAUGAUCAUUCGCUACAGAAACAUGCGAACAGUAACCAACUUCUUCAUAGCUAACCUGGCUCUUGCAGACCUUCUGGUGGACACUCUGUGCUUGCCCUUCACCCUGGUCUACACUCUGCUGGAUGAGUGGAAGUUUGGGGCUGUGCUAUGCCACAUGGUGCCCUUUGCCCAAGCCCUGAGCGUGCACGUGUCCAUCCUGACCCUGACGGUCAUAGCCUUGGAGCGUUACCGCUGCAUUGUCUUCCACCUGGGUCAGCGCCUCACCUGGCAUUCCAGCUUCCUCAUCAUGGCCCUGACGUGGACUCUGUCUGCUGUCCUGGCGGGACCACUGGCCAUCUUCAGAGAGUACCGUUAUGAAGAGAUCCCUUCCAUCAACCUGCGCUUCGCUGUGUGCUCUGAGAAGUGGCCCCACGGGAGCAGUAGGGACGGAGUCAUCUACAGCCUCUCAAUGCUGCUCUUACAGUACAUUAUUCCUUUAGCUGUCAUUAGUUAUGCCUACAUCUGCAUCUGGAUCAAGCUGAAGAAUCACGUUAGCCCGUCCAGCCGUAACGACAGUGUCAACCGCCGCAAGAAGACCACCAAGAUGUUGGCCCUGGUGGUGGUGGUGUUCGCUACCUGCUGGCUGCCCUUUCAUGUGUUUCAGCUGGCCAGUGAUCUGGACCUGGUCCUCAGGUUAAAAGAGUACAAGCUGAUAUACACAGUGUUCCACAUCGUGGCCAUGUGCUCCACGUUUACCAACCCUCUCCUGUAUGGGUGGAUGAAUAAGAACUACAGAAAUGGCUUCCUCAUGGUUUUUCGCUGUGAGGAUAAGCCAGACACUUUCCACCCUGAGGGGUCCUUCAGGACACGGUCCCUAAGGGGGAUGACUUUGAAUGGGCGUAAUGGUGGACACCCUCCAACAGCUGUAUGAGAUGAAAAACAAAAUAUUCUUUGAUAUAUUAGACAGACCUCUGGCUCUGUGGCGCUUGUGGUUCAAAAGCAGCCUCUUGACUUGAAUGGUUUGAUCUUGAGUACCUUUUAUGUCAACAGGGAGGGCUCAAAGCUUUGCAUGCAAAAUGCUUUAUGUAAGGCUCUUCUUUCCUUUGUGAAUGGUACUUGUGCAAAUACGUUCGUCAAACUGAUUCCAAUAUGUGUUUUAAGAUGUUUACUAGGGUGUUCAGUAACUCAUCAAAUAAUGUAUAAUGUGUUUACUGCAAAUGCAGAGCUCAUGCUGAUAAGUGAUGUCCAAUGAGUUUUGGGGUCAUUGUACUUCUGAGGCUGUAAAUGUGUUCAUACCUACUGAAGGGAGGAAGUUAUUUAUUGUGACUAUGAGAACAAGUUUAAGUUUCACACUUGCUUUUCUAUUGGUUGUUCAAAAAAAUGGGAUAAUUUUCAUUAAAAUGGCAAUGUUGCAUUUUGAAUCAUGGUGCAAUAUUCUGGCAGGAUAUAGUCAUGUGUAAAAUGAGAGCAAACAGCUCUUGAUGUUGUUAUCACAGAAUGAAGGCAGGAGUCACUUGCUUUGAGAACAUGUAAAAAGCAACCAUAAUGCAGCAAUCAUGACAUACAAAUCUAUGUUCAUUGCACCUUUGUUGGUGGUCUUUUGAAUGACACAGA